AUGGACGACUCCCAACCCCGGUCAUUGCCUGUCCAUCCCAUCGACAAAUAUGGCCCAAAACUCGUGGAGAAGGCUGACAAGAUACAUCACCGGGUCACUAUGAAUGAAGAGUCAAAGCCUGCCGGAGGCUUCGAUGCCACUCCCAUUCCCCAUGCCCCACCAGGCUACACUCUCAAGAUUACUUUCCAUCGCGCAGAAGACCUGCCUGUCGCGGACUUUGGCAGUUUCUCCUCCGAUCCCUAUAUCUCCGCGCAUAUGGUAGUCGCCCUACCGACGCGCCACAAGCAAGACCCCGACAUGCGCUUCCGCACCCCGACCGUACGUAAGGACAUGAACCCCAAGUGGGAAUGCGAAUGGAUCGUCGCAAAUGUCCCCGCUUCGGGAUUUCAGUUGAAAUGUCAUCUCAUGGACGAGGACCCCGCGGACCACGAUGAUAAGCUGGGAAUCGCUUUCAUCGACGUUCCUACACUUUCGGAGGACUGGGCAGGUUUCAAGGAAAAACCCUUCAAGGUCAAAAAGCGCUUUGGGAGCAAGCGCGUCUACGUCUUUACUAAUGUCUCUGCGUUUGCGACUGUAUUGAAUGCCUCGGCAAGACUCCUGGCACGGAGGGGGGGUCAGAUGUACACCAUUGGUCCCAACCAUUGGUUUAAGCAUUUUUCUCCUCUGAUCGGACGGCUGGCUGGCAUCAAAGACCAGGUUCAAAGCAAAGAUGGCAGUGGCAAGUCCAUUAGCCGUUACAAUUUCCAAGCUAUUCAGAUGCAGCUCACAGGCCCCAUUCCUGCGGAGCUAUACCAUCGCUAUGUAGAGUUCAAGCCAUUCGUAGCGGGAAUGUUCCAGGCGCAGAGUCUACGUGGGCGUAUCUUGCAUAAAGCGCUCCAUCAUCAACACCAGCGCAUUUACAAUUUCGAUCGCACUACCUUGCAUGGGUCCUUCCAGACGCCUUGCCAUGAACUCGCUCAGAAGUUUUUGGAGUUUGCGCACUAUGGCCAAGGCGGGCGGAUCUUUACCUACGUGCUCACCUUGGACGGACAAUUCCGAUUCACCGAGACUGGCAAAGAAUUUGGCAUCGAUAUGCUGAGCAAGCACACCAUGCACAGUGAUGUAUCCAUCUACAUUGCGUACUCAGGUGAAUUCUUCCUUCGGCGGCGCAAGCAUCGCCAUCGCCGUAACUCCCCAGAAGGGCGCGCGGAGCGCGCAGAGAAUGCAGAGAAUGCAGACUCGAGCACAGUGCCGACAGACGAAUUUCCCGUGGAGGAAGAUGAGGGCCAUAAUGAGGGCGAGGAUCUGGACCGAACCGAAGAAGGGAUCCCUAUCUCGACCAAUCCAGCGGACUAUGAACUCUUUAUUGAUAAUGACAGUGGAACCUACCGGCCCAAUGCGGAGAAGCUACCACUCCUGCAGGAAUUUAUGUCCUCCAACUUCCCCGGUCUUCAUGUCACCACUCUGGACUGCCAGGCGGAUGCGGAAAGAAUGGGAAGUCUGAAGGACGAGCAGCGCGAAUUCAAGAAGAACGCAGGCAAUGUCAUUACGUUCCUACAGCAAAGCAGCGCGUCUUCACUGUCAAUCUCUAGCUCGGAUGAGGAUGAGCUCAACGAGCGCAGUGGCCAACCCAAGCAACGAGGAGAUCUUUCUCGACGAGUCCACGAGAUGCGCGAUUUACGAGGACAAGUAAUGCGGUGGGUAGAAGCGGAUGAAAAGCCCGAUGGCCACAAGCAGAAGCAUCGCUACUUCUCUAGCCGUGAGCGCCCCGUUUCGGCUAGUGCGAUCACCACUGACCCCAAGCAUGGGACGAGUCGGCUCGUGACUUGA